GUUUUAAAUGAUUUGGUUGUAGAUCGUGGAGCUGGUCCUUAUAUGAGUAUGCUUGAAUUAUUUGGUGAUGAUCAACAUUUAACAACAGUUCAAGCUGAUGGACUUGUCAUAGCUACACCUACUGGUUCAACUGCAUAUUCGGUAUCUGCGGGGGGUUCUCUUGUACAUCCUGCUAUACCAGCACUAUUAAUUACUCCAAUAUGUCCACAUACAUUAUCAUUUCGGCCUAUGCUUUUGCCAGACUCUAUGGAAUUAAGAAUAUGUGUUCCAUAUAAUAGCCGUAGUACAGCUUGGGCAAGUUUUGAUGGAAGAGGUAGAGUUGAAUUAAAAC